UAUGCCUACUAUGAAAGGCAAAAUACAGGAGACAAUAAGUACAUGAAAGAACCAAGCAUGUUUCACUUCAUCUGAAGAAAUAUAUGUCCAUAGUACUGUUGCUAUUAUAUUUUCAAGGAAACAGAUUCCAUAAAAAAAUGCGUGUUUAAAAAGUGUGCUUUUGUCUACUGCUUUUAAAUAUAUAAACACAUGAACAAUGCCAAUCACCAUAGAAAAUAGUACUGAACAAAUACGUUCUUUAAUUUUUGGAGGACAAUGUGGUGCACGAUUAUGAUUCCUACAAAACUCUAAUAUACCACGUGAAUCUAUAAUGAUCCAACAACUCAUGCUUAUCCAGUGUAAAAUACAAGCAAUUCCUGUAUAUAACGGCCAAAUACUUGCAACAAUGCUUAAUGACAAUAUCCUUGAAACUGAAAAUUUUUUAUUAUAUUUGUGAACUUUUAGUUUCUUUAUAUAAUAAUUAUUUAAGUACCUGUUGUACAGAAGUGCCACAGAAAUUGUAGAACAGUCCCAGUAAUUCCAAUAUUAAACUUGUCUUGCUGAACUAAUCUAAUACUACGAUGGUAACUAGCCAUAGCCCAUCCCAUACUUACAAGUGAACUAAGAAUAGUAGCCACUUGGUGAACAACUACGAUAAACAAACACAAAGUUUAUUCUUAUACAUAAUUUAGCACAAGAAUUAUUACUAUAAUAGAAAUUACUGAUACAAACAUCUCUGUGUUCAAUGUAUUUUUAGUGUUGUUCAGUUUAUAUUUAGUGCUUUACAUUUAUGCAAAUAAUUUUGACAUUACUAUGCUCAGAGACAUAUGUAUCUUUCAACUUAGAGAUGCUUGCAAUAGUGUUCCCUAUUAUAAAUAAAAAUCUAUGUACAUUCAAAAUUAAUAUGAUUAUGGUAAUCCUUCAAUAAUAUAGUUAAUUGCAAAACUUGUUGAGGGGCUGCUUCUAGGAAGCAUUCAAACACUCUCAAUAAAGCAACAUCUUGAUCUUCCUUAAGCAUUUUUAUGUAAUAUGUCCGUUGAGCAUUUUUAUCACUUUGUUUUUGAAACUUAUAAGCCUUUCGUGUAUAUAUCAAUAAUCGCCAAUAACGAAGUACUGGUGCUAACUGAAAUGCAAUCACUAUAAUGCAACAUAACUUUCUUGUUAGCAUGGAAUGUAUGCAUUUAGAUUCUGCCUGAUUUUGAACAGAAUUUAUCUAAAAAGAAAAGAGCAAUUAUGUCAACAUAACAACAAUGAGAACUCAACAAAUUAUAUUAUAUAAUGUUUUACCUUGUCAUCUUGAUGCUGCAUUCUUCUACUAAUUAUAACAUUUAUAAAUGAGGGUAUAAAUAUAAAAGCAGUUGUAGAUAUAAAAUAUGUUAUUUUCCCAGCUAUUAAAUACCUUACAACAAGAUUUAUAUCAAAUCCCAUGUCUAUAAUAUGCAUAAGAAUCGAAGAUACAAGAAAAGCAAUAUCCAACCAAGAUAUUCUUGGAUUCUUUAAAGGAAUGUCUACAUCGUCUUCACUGAAUUCCAAUAUAGGAAAAAUAGAAACCAAUUGUUGUGUAUAUAUAUAUUUAUUUCGAUUAGUCAUUGUUGUUGUUUUUUGUAAUUAAACAAUCGCAGGUAUAACAAUAACUAAAAUGUCAAUGUUAACAUUCAUACAGUUCAUUUUAUCGUGCAUUCGUCAAUUCACAAUAACCUGAAUACACGUACAUUUAGUUCCAUUUCCUUGUUUACUUUAAAACUUUCAUCGUGUAAAAUAUUUAUUCCUAUAUUUCCAUGAUUAAAAAAAAUACGCUUGUAUAUUUAAAUGAAUAUACAAAAUUUAAUUUAUCAAGCUUCAGAAAAUAAAUUGUAUACAACUAGUCAGCUGUCAAAUCACCCAUUGCCACCCAAAUACGUGGUAGUAGUAUUUGUAUUACAAAGAAACCAUAUAUGAUAAUGACGUCACUAAAUUUGACAUGAUAGAGUUAAUUUAUCAUAAACAUAUGUUGAUUCUAUACAUCUCAGAGCUAUUAAAUACAAAUGUGUUUGUAUAUGUGUCAACUUUGUUUCAUAUGAUCAUAUUUGAUAUAAGUUGUUAAAAUUGUUUAUUUAUAAUUUGUUAGGCUGAUUUAAAUGAAGGGAUUACAUUUCUUUAGAUAUUUAAAAAUAAUAAUUAUAUAAUAAUUAAUGAGAAUCGAUCAUUUUGACAAGGAAUACACUAUGCAUUGUUUGUGUUGAAGAACAUUAAAGCAUACAAAUUAAGUAAGUCGUAUAUGUAUAUGUAAUUCUCGUUGUUAUAGCAACUGUUGGAAUACAACAAUAGAAUAAAGACACUACAAAAUUGUGACCGUGUAAAUUGUAACAUAAUCAAAUUCGUUUUUUGUGAUAAAUGAGUAUAUUAAGUACAAGGAAAUACUUGGCAACUAUAAUUGUACAGUACUUGAUACUGUUUUUUGACAUUUUCGUCAAUUCGUUCGCCAGUUUUUCUCGACGAAGUCCGACUAAUUUAUUAAUUCUCUAUGUCAUUCAAGACUUUUGUCUUGUUAUGACUCUGACGAUUUUAUUAGUUAAUUUUUUUUCCACCUACAUCUUCCAGGUAGGAUUAAUACAGUUGCUGUACACAAAAUUUCGUAUAACAUUGAUAUUAUGUAUUAUGUAUAUGAUAUUAAGCAUUAGUCUUCACACAUGGGACAUUAAAAUGCAUUGGUCAUCACCCCUCAGACAUUAUUGGAGUAAAAAUUUUCAUGUUCUAUAUUCGUUACAUAGAGGAGUUGCAGUUUUGUAUUACUAUUUCUAUAAGAGAGCAUCUCUCAGAAUUGCAGAUCCAAGGUUCUAUGAAACUUCUAUAUGGGUGCAAAAUCAAUUCAGUCUUCCAUAAUCAACUUCUAUAUUAAAUUUUGUAAUGUGAGUAAUAAGAAUGUAAGAUAGUGAAGCAUAUAAUUUUAAGUAUUCUCCUUCGAAUCAAUUACAUUUUUAGGUAAUAAAUUAUACAACAUUAUUCAAAAAGAAAUUUUUAUGAUGUGUGUAUUGUUCAUCCUUUAAUUCAUUGUAAGAAUAAUAUAUAUGUAUGUACAAUAUAAAAAUUAUUAUUGCGAACUAUUUUUUACAAUUGUGUUGACAUUUUACAAAAAUAAAGUGUAAAACUUUGUACAAUAUUUAUAAAUAUGGAUAUCAUUAUGGAUUUAAAUUAAUAUUAAACAUACAUAAUACAUAUUAUACAAUAUUACAUUACAUUCAAAUACCGAAAUGUAAGCCGCUAGAUGAAUAAAUGAAAAAAUGUACUUAUCAUAAUUUGAUCAUGAUAAAAAUUCCACUAUUCAUAAUAUAAAAUGCUACGUUUGUACUAAUUAGUAUUUUUAAAUAUAAGUUAAUAUCACAAGAAUACACUUCUAAAGCGCAUUAAUGCAAAAAUAGAAAUUGGAAAUAAUUUACUAAUUCUUCUGUUUAAUUUGCUGUAAUGCUCAUUUUUAUAUCAUUCCUAAGCAGGAGAUAUUAUUAGCAUAUAUCUGUAAACAAAUAUGAUGUUGAUAAUAUUAGUAAUGUACCAUAUUCUCC